UUCUUCCUUCUCUCUGCUAUAAAUAAAGUUCAAAUCUUUCUUUCAAAAAUUUUUUCCUCAGAUUCUUAUUUUCAAAUCCCACAAAAACCCACAAGAGACCUUCUGUCAUUGACCCAAAAUCUCUGAUGGGCGGAAGCAAACGCAAGAGAGGACGCAAACCCAAGAACCACAAUCCUCCAGAAACCCUAGAUUCUCCUUCUACCGCUGCCUCGCUGGACGACGUCUUCUCCGUCAGUAAUGUUGAUAUUAUCAAUCCGACCGCCGCCGCCACCCAGAACCAUGCUGAAAAUGGGCCUCGCGGCCGUACCAAGAAGUCUAAGCCCCCUGAGAACUCCGAAAAGACCCAGCCGUCGUUACCCCCACAACCCCCGCCGAUCGUCCCUCCGGCACGCCGCCUUUCCCGGCCCGUAGAGAAUGGUGUUAUUGUUGGAGGGGGCGGGGGAGGAGGAGAAUUUGCUGUGGUUAGUGGGGAUUCGAUUAUGGGGGCCGGUGGGAUGAGGGUGGUGCCUGCGAUGGAUGCAGUGGUCAAGGUGUUUUGCGUACAUACAGAGCCGAAUUUCUCGCUGCCGUGGCAGAGGAAGAGGCAGUACAGUUCGAAUAGUAGUGGUUUCGUGAUUGGAGGGAGGAGGGUCUUGACUAACGCGCAUUCCGUGGAGCAUUACACGCAGGUUAAAGUCAAGAAGCGUGGCUCUGAUACAAAAUACUUGGCUACGGUGCUAGCUAUUGGCACUGAGUGUGACAUUGCGAUGCUCACAGUUGAUGAUGAUGAGUUCUGGGAAGGGGUCUCUCCGGUGGAGUUUGGAGAAUUGCCUGCACUUCAAGAUGCUGUUACAGUUGUGGGUUACCCAAUAGGGGGAGACACCAUUUCUGUGACAAGUGGAGUUGUAUCACGAAUAGAGAUCCUGUCUUAUGUUCAUGGCUCCACAGAGCUUCUGGGAUUGCAGAUAGAUGCUGCUAUAAACUCUGGAAAUUCUGGUGGUCCUGCCUUUAAUGAUAAAGGCAAUUGUGUGGGUAUUGCAUUUCAGUCGCUCAAACAUGAAGAUGUAGAAAAUAUAGGGUAUGUAAUACCAACCCCAGUUAUCCAGCACUUCAUCCAAGAUUAUGAAAAGAGUGGAGCAUAUACAGGAUUCCCAGUUCUUGGGAUUGAGUGGCAGAAAAUGGAAAAUCCUGAUUUGCGUGUGUCAAUGGGUAUGAAAGCUGAUCAGAAAGGUGUUCGUAUCAGAAGGGUUGAUCCCACCUCUCCAGAAUCUGAGGUAUUGAAGCCAUCAGAUGUUAUUCUCAGUUUUGAUGGGGUUGACAUUGCCAAUGAUGGGACAGUUCCUUUCCGGCAUGGCGAACGGAUCGGUUUUAGUUACCUUGUCUCACAAAAAUAUACUGGGGAUAAUUCAACAAUUAGAGUUCUCCGCAAUUCUGAGGUUCUCAACUUCAAUAUUAAACUUACGUCUCACAGAAGGCUUAUUCCAUCCCACAACAGGGGCAGACCUCCUUCAUAUUAUAUUAUUGCAGGAUUUGUUUUUACUACCGUAUCUGUUCCUUAUCUUCGUUCUGAGUAUGGGAAGGAAUAUGAAUUUGAAGCCCCAGUAAAGCUUUUGGACAAACUCUUGCAUUCAAUGCCACAAUCACCUGAUGAACAGCUUGUUGUGGUAUCUCAGGUGCUUGUUGCAGAUAUCAAUAUUGGAUAUGAGGACAUUGUUAACACUCAGGUUGUUGCAUUUAAUGGUAAGCCAGUGAAGAAUUUGAAGAGCUUGGCUGAAAUGGUAGAGAACUGUGAUGAUGAAUUUUUGAAAUUUGAUUUGGAGUAUGAUCAGAUAGUCGUUCUGAGGACUGAGACUGCCAAAGCAGCUACUCGAGAUAUUCUUGCUACUCAUUGCAUUCCAUCAGCAAUGUCUGAUGACCUCAAGACAGAUUGAGAGAUAGGGCAAUCAUUUUACCAUCGCUUGUGGAUAGAGACUCGAGUGGAUCCUUAAGGUCACAGCUUAGUAGUUGUGUUUCUAAAUUCUAGCUCCUUAGAUGUAUUCCUUUUUGUGUCUGGAAUAGUGGACUAUUUACAGAGAGAUGAGGUCCUUCAUAUAGGGAUGCAUUACUAUUUUCUCAUUUCCUAUAUGAAGGGAGGCAUUCAGGGUUUAACACGCAGUUGUGAUUGUUAACUUCUCUCUCAUUAUCCCCUUCAUGAGCUUUGUAAAGAUGGAUCAGAGCUUGAGGCGUAAAGCACUCCAUCGUCUAAGACUUUAGUUGAAUUCACAUUUAUAUGCAUCAAAUGUCAGUCUUUUGAAGAUUUUUCUCCGAUGUCUUGGACCUCUUGGUGAGGGGAAAGAAAAAACUAAAAGUGCGUAUUGUAAUUGGCUAGGUGAUCUCUCGAGAAUAACUCUUGUUUUCUCUUCUUGGUCAAGUCAGAUACUCUUAUUGGAUAAAUCUGAAAUAACACUGCCUGACAUUU